AAAAACGGGGGAAACGGGCAACAGCGUUGGUGGCGUUGUCAAGGUUGAGAGGAAGCUGUGUGUCGGCUGUAUGUGUCCUGCCGCAAGCCGUACAUGUGUUUGCCGGUUUCGCCGAACCUCGACUGACUGAGCGGCGCGCCCGGGUCUUCACCAUCGGAGGGUUUCUCCUGUUUAUGGGAGGAAACACGGCGUCCGCCAUGCCAUCACCCGUGAUCGUAGCCGCCACCGCCAAGCACACGGCCACUGUCAUCUUCCUGCAUGGCCUGGGAGAUACAGGGUUGGGCUGGUCGUCCGUCUUCGAAGCAAUACGUCAGCCACACAUCAAGUACAUAUGCCCGACAGCGCCAGUGAUCCCUGUGACUCUCAAUGGGGGCAUGCGAAUGACUGCAUGGUUCGACCUCUGCUCGCUGGACCCAAACGGCCGAGAAGAUGAGUCGGGCAUCAAAGCGGCUGCGGAAGGAAUUCACAGGCUCAUAGCUGAUGAGGAGAAAGCGGGGAUUUCCUCGGACCGCAUUGUCCUGGGCGGCUUCAGCAUGGGUGGGGCAUUGGCACUGUACUCGGGCCUGCGCUACCCCAAACCCCUGGCUGGCAUCCUGGGACUCAGCUGCUGGCUGCCACUCUUCAAGCACUUUCCUGCGGCGGCAGUUGGCAAUCAUGACACGCCCAUUAUGAUGUGCCACGGAGAUUGUGACGACCUGGUGCCCAUGCGCUGGGGUCAGCUGACGGCCGACCUGCUGAAGACGUUUGUGAAGGACGUCACCUUUCGGCAAUACAAGGGCAUGGGCCACUCUUCGUGCGAGGAGGAAACGCAAGACAUUGCCGCCUACUUACAGUCACGGCUGCCACCCAGGCCGGAAUAGCGGCCAAGUUCGAAAGCACCGAGUGAAGAGUGCGUCUGCACAGCAGGCAGAGACUUGCUUCCGGCUUGCAUCGCAGCAUCUGCCUCUUGUCUGAGCACAGCUUUUUUUUUUCUGUUCAUAAGUUCUCUUCAUUCCAAGUCGUCUCUCUUCCCGUACGAGUGCUUUGAGAAAGAAGAAAAGAAGUAUAGAUUGUGCCACGGGCGUUCACCGCACCUAGUUUUUUUUUGCCAAGUAGGCUUUGGCGAGAGGAAGAGUAAAAAAGUGCACUGUGAUGGCCGCUUGUGUGAUGAUUCAUCUUCUUCAAACACUAAUUUUUAUGAGUUGUUGACAAUCUUGCCCUAGCAAUGCUAGCACUGCUUAGUAACUACUUCAGGGUGUAUACCAAUUUGAUUUCUCCGAAUUCUCUGACUUUUCAAGGUUUUCCGGGAUGAUUAAAAGCAAAUUCCAUGACCGCCACGCCUGCUUGGAAAACUCUGUGCACUGAAAACUAAUCCUCGAGUGUUAAAACAAAUAUCAGGCACUCGUAUAAAAUAAGUAUACAUAAAAUUCUGAGCGUGGGCAGUAAAUAUGAAAAAAUGUGUUUAUCUGGCCAAAAUAAAACCUCUGACCCAGGCA